AUGGCGACCACGUUGACUGAGCACGAGUCACUAAUUCUAUCCUUAGCUGCAAAGAAUGGUGUUUUUACAGAGGAGAUGGUAGAAAGGGCCAAGCAUGAUGUCGUCUUUGGCUCACUUCUUAAAUGCGCUCAAAAUCUGAAGACGAUUGCGAACAAUGCUACUUUCAAACUGGCAGAAGACCUCUAUUCUGUAGAUACUCAUUUUGUGCUGGAGUGUAUUCAAAAUGCAGCCGACAAUCACUACAAGCCUGAGGUUGAACCGUUUCUUCGAAUAUGCGCACGACCAGACAAGAUCCAACUAGACUGCAAUGAGACAGGAUUCACUCCAGCGGAUGUCGAAGCGAUUUGCCGUGUUGGUGGUAGUAACAAAACCUCAAAGGAAGGCUUUAUUGGAGCGAAAGGGAUCGGUUUCAAAUCCGUGUUCAAAAUUGCCCAGGAGGCCCACAUCUACUCCCCUCCAUACUCUUUCAAGUUUGACAAGCGCCGAGAACUCGGAAUGAUCAUCCCAAUCUGGGUGCCAGAAGAAGAGAUACUGGUGGGCUCGACUAAUGACUGCCAAACAUCAAUUCUACUCCUUCCGCCUGCCGAUGAGAACUUCACCGAGUACCUCCACACCUUCAAAGCCAUCUCACCCACCUUGCUAUUAUUUUUACCUAAGUUAAAAAGGUUGGAAAUCCUCAUUCACGACAAGCAAGCGCACGGUGGAGAGGUGAUAACACGGCGAAACUUGAGAUCUAAGGUCAACGAAGUGGACAAUUUUAUAACCCUCACGGUGGAAGAUAGCGCCUCUCCUCAUCCUGAAAUCGAACAUAGAUACCGGAAGACUACAGCCAGAUGGAAAGCCAAGGGAGGAGAGAAGCACCGAGAAGGUGUUAAAACCUCAGAAACCGCUCUAGCAUUCCCUGUCACAAGUAAUGGGGCUCCGCUAGGAAGCUCUCAGCCGGUUCACGCUUUUCUCCCCAUUCGUGAUUUUGGAUUUAAGUUCGUUAUACAAGCAGACUUCAUUGUCGCAUCCAAUCGGCAAGAUAUUCAGGAAUCAGAAGAAUGGAAUGUUUAUCAGAGAUUGUGCAUCGGCCAUACAUUCCUGCAGGCGAUACUUGAAUUUCUCCUUUCGCCCCACGACCCGCUUCGAUACACUUGGAUGCGUUUCUUGCCUCGAGGCAUAACAGAUCCGUUUUGGAAGCCUGCUGUGAAGACAAUUUGGGAGCUCAUUCAGAAGUCUGAGGUUCUUGAAUCACGUGCCAAAUCGCUCCAUCGACCCGGCACACUGGAGCGCCUCGAAGAGACGUUCCUGGACCGAGGUGGUGAGCCGCUUGUUGGUUCGCCCUCAGAAUACCUGGCACCCUGUUAUGGUGAAGAGGAUUUUGAAAUCUUGAAAGAGCUUGGGGUUCACCUUAUAACUUGGUCGUCUUUCCUUACCCGUCUCUGCAAAAUGUCAGAUUCGGAGCUGAAAUCAAAGGAUCGGCACUGGCACGAAGAUCUCGCCAAAGCACUUCGUGGAAUAAAAAAAACACCAAUUUGGCGGACGUUCUCAUCGAGGGUCAUAUCAAAAGCUUUUAUCCCGUUGCUCAAUGGAAACAACUGGAUUCCCGCAGUGGGUUUGGAUCUCCAUCCUGUUUAUUUCCAAGAGGGUGUUGGGCGAAUCAAAGUUCCGUCCGACAUAAGUCUUCGGUUUGUGGAAGAAAGUGCAUCCAAAAAUCCAUACCGAAAGAAGUUCUUCAAAUUACUGGGUGUAAGAGAUUAUGACCAAAUCGAAGCUGCCUCCGCAAUACUACGGAAGCAUCGGGAAAGCGUCGUGCCAACAGUCACAGAGGAUGAAGCCGUUGCUCAUGCUCUCUAUCUCUACGAUCUAGAUUCCUCCAUAACAAAUAAGAUGGAUCUGACCGCGCUUUGGCUUUACGAUGAGCAAGGUCGUGCGGCAAGGGGUCGGGAUCUCUACGUCCGGGACACAUCAGCUUAUGGUCCGGCCUCCCUGUUUGACGGACACGACACAGUCGCCCGAUUCUUAUCUUCGAGAUACUUAACACCACGGGAUUCACAACCAAACAAACCGAGAUUUCUUCAAUGGUUAAUGAGAGGCACCGGUCUCACUGAUAUUCCUCGGCUCAAAAGGUCCGGAACACUAUCUCCCGAAUUCCAAUUCAUUCUUCGAAACUACUCAGACAAAGUACUUUACAUCUUGAAGACUUUCUGGGGGCAAUAUAAAAAGUUGAUGGCUGAAACGACGAUACUGGACGCAAUAAAAAACCACCCCACUGCAUGCUUUGAUGGGCAAUCUCGAGCGUCAAUACCACUCAAAGACUGUUAUGUACCGGAUUCUCGAAUGAAACUGGUGAGUUCGGAAUUGUGUGGAUCCUUGGUUGGACCUCCAUUUCUCUCCAUCGAACCCUUCAACACCUAUGAGUGGGAAUUUCUUUCCACCUUUGGGGUGGGCGUUGCACCGGAUCUCUCCUUCUACCUCUGGAUAGGAAGGCAGUCACAAUUUCAGAAAAGCUGCACGGUAGAUGGCGCGAAAAAGCUGCUCAAAUACAUAGCAGAUUUGACGGGUUUCGAUGAACCGAAACAAACCCAGGUUCGGUCAGCUUUCAAACACGACAGAUUACUUCUAGCCCCAUUGAGUGGUAAAUUAACUUUUACGUUUCCCAGUCUGUGUGUCUGGAAAGCUCCCCAAGGGUUUCGGAAAAUGGCCUCCCUUGAAUCGCUGUACGGUGGAGACCCCAGUGUGACGAGCCUUAUUAGGACAACCCUCCAAGUCGAAGAUGCCUCAAUUGAAGUUGUCGUUCAUGAUUUAGCAUCGAAUUAUCCCUCGGACUCUCAUUUGAAAGAAUCAUUACAGUACAUAGCGCUUAAGUUACAUUCGCAACAGGAUCAUGGUCCCUUGCACCAUCUCCGAGAUGCUUUCAGAUUGAGUCCUUUAAUCACAGUUCCGCUCUCAGGCUCUGGAACUACACGCGUCUGCUCCACCUCUUGUGUCUGGGGUGGCCCACGCGUGACCCACAAGUGGAAUCUCCAACCUCAUUAUGAAACCGAUAUUGGGCUUCGGGUUUUACUCUGCUCUCACUUGGAUAUUAGACCCCCGACGUUGGAUGAUUUGUUGAGGGAAUUGAUCCUGUUGAAGACGGACCCUGAAAAUGCCGUUGGUCAGACUGAGCAGAUUUACUCAUACAUUUCUGAAAAGUUCUCGGGGCCUGAGAUUCGGGAACGAUUUGAACGAGAUGCAUUGGUAUGCGUUCAAAGUCUUGAUGGCAUGAGGUUAUGGAAACGACCAUCCGCAUGUGUUUGGACUGCGCCUGGCUUUCUCCGAUGCAAAAUCGCUAUAGCCGAACGGCACGGAUUCACCGAAGCGUCUGCAAUCAGCUUGUUACAAAAUACCCUCAGCAUUGGGAAUGCUAGUUUUACCGACUUUAUUGCUGAUUUAAGGAUUCUUCGAGAUCGGGAGGAGUUUGACGAGGACGGAUUAGAACUCUUGUACAAAAGUAUCGAACUUAGCAUCGUUGGGCAUGAGAAUGAAGUCAGGAAAACUUUCGAUGAGGAAAAUCUUGUCUACGGCCACCAACUUGAUCCACCCCGGUGGGUGAAGUUGGGGGAUUGUGUAUGGUCAGGGCCAAAGUGCCUGCAAACAAUCACCAAAUUGGCCCGCUGCUAUCCCUCACUCGAUAAACUCUUUACGAAAUACCUUGGGGUCGAAGAUGCCACGCCAGAAACAGUACUUGAUGAAUUGCGUUUCGUCGUAGCGGACUUCGAACAAAAGCGCACUUUUUUUUGCGUCGUUCCCGAGGCCUUGGCGCGAAGAGUCACAGACCUCCUCUUGGCUUUUACUUUCAAGUCAUUUACAUUAUCGCCAUCCAUUCUAGAAGCCAUCGGAUCUGGAAAAUUUUGGCCUUACCAACCCUGGACGAGCGGUCUCUGCUUCGGUCGAAUAAAGGAUGAGUUCAUCAUCCCAGACCACGAGUACUUUCUGGACUUAUUUCAUGCGAAGUUUCCAGUUUUAAGAUUGACGUCGACAGAAGUGAUGGCUCUUAAGCCAUUAUUUAUCAAGCUUGGAGUAGAAAAUAAGUUUCUGUCAAGUUGUGUGAUGGAAAUUGUAAGCGGAAAUGAUGUGUCAAUGCCAGCCGAGGACUUAUCUCAUGAUCUGAGUCAGAGAGCUCGAGCUCUCUCUUGCUGCGUUGAACAUUUUUCAAAAGACAUGCAAGCCAACCGAGGGAGGGGCCUGUAUCAACUACUAAAAGAUAUUCAAGUGUUUCGGGCAUCCGACAUCUCUACAACAUAUACGAUCAAUGCUCAUGGAAUCAACCAAUCAGUCACAACUAAAGGCCUCAUGCGUUUAGAUGAAGAGGGAGGCCAGCUGAGACUUUUUGUUCCUCGCGAUGAGAAUGAUCAGAAAGAAGCCUUCGCUAUAUGCCUUGCAAAAGAGAUGAUUAGUUUCCUAGGACUUCCCGAAGCUGAGUCGUGGCAUAUUAUCACUGCUGUCCUGGCCGUGGAGCCCGAAAGACUCGAUUUUUUCUUGCAUCGACAAGGCAUCUCGACCAACCACAGCACCGCCUCCUCGGAUGCGAAGCAAACGAAGGAGAUAGCUGUUUGUUCAGAGGAGGAUGAAACCAUCAUCUUAGACCAAAAGUUCCAAACACUCAGCCUCUCAUCCCAGCAGAACAAGAACAAAGACAACGAGGUUUCGGCCCAUGCCCUCUCUACUUCAACUAUGACUAUCGUUCAGAGCGGAUCUGCAAAUACCAAGGCAGAUAUUAAUCAAGAUCCAACUUCUAGUGGGACCACCUCCCAGAGCCCCCUAGACUCUACCAAUAGAUUUGAUCCCGCAAGACAAGAGCCCGAGCCGGAGCUGCUGUUAGCAGUCUCUGAACUAAACAUCGAGAACGCACCUAGAGUAACCGCAUCCAACAGCAGUAGCGAUGCACAAAACGAUUCACUUGCGGAGAAUAAAGUGAUUCAGAAGGGGAUAAAUUCGAAACAUGAAUCGUUAUAUUGGGUCUCUAGUCGGUCCCGAGGAAGAGGAAGCUCAGAUAUAUCACAUACCACAGAAAUAUCGACGGUAUCCUCUGAUGAUUUUGACGCUGCAUCUCAUUCUUCGGCUAUCACAUCAAGUUCCGAUGACGCCGAAAUCUGGAACACACCAAGCAAGAAAACCACAAAGACCUCAAACCAACGUCAGAUCGAGAAAGCCUUGAAUGGGACUCAUCAAGCAUCCAGUUUUUCUUCGACUGGCUUGAUGAAAUCUGUUUAUUCAACUCCACGCGCGACUCAUCAAGGCCCGGAUCAAGCAGUUGGUUACGCUGGCGAGCGAUUCAUUGUCAACAUCCUGAAAACGGAGAUUGAGGACUUUAACGAAAUCGAACACUGGACAAGUAAACUCCGUCGACAUGCAAAUCUUUCUCCCUAUGGCAAGGCGGAAGACACCGAUCUAGAAUAUCAGGACAGCACGGGGUGUUUUAGCAGGCUUCUAAGAACUUGGACUGAUGGCGAGGUCCCGAACUGGCUUGAAGAAGCCUGCAUGCCUGGAACUACAACCCGACCGAAGUAUUGGCUUGAAGUGAAAACAACGCCUGGCAACUGCGAGACAGUCUUUUUUGUCAGCGCGCAUCAGUAUGAGUUGAUGAAAGAAUUUGCUAUUGUUGGUAGCGAUAUGCCUAGCAAUGUCUAUGUGAUACUACGCGUCUUCAACGUUAAAAUUGACGGAGAGAUAGGUGUGAGAGCGUACCUCGAUCCUUGGUGGAAGGCCCAGGAAGGAAGGCUUAAAUUCGAUAUUCAGUAUAAGGUUACAGUGAGGGGACAUUGAAAUUAGCCCGUUUACUAAAACCGCACCAAAAUCAGCUAUUUUUCACCAUUUUCACCAAGCGAUAACUUUACAACCACACCCGGUGCAAACUUAGUACUUAUUUUCGGUAGAGAAUCAAAGCCUGGGAACCCCCCCUUUAAAUAUAAUAUAAUACAUUUAAAG